GAGGGAGAGCCAGAAGCUGGGAUUGUGGACCGCAUGCGACUGUGGAGACACGACGCGCUCAUGCAGCAUUUGUACGAGACCGCGGCGUUCUGGGGCGACAAAAUUGUGAACUGGACAAAUGACCCGAAUGACGCGUUCUGGCUCGCUCAAACGUACUUCCUCACACAUCAGUACUCACGGGCCGAACGGCUCCUCACGCGUCCGUUCCCCACUGGUCCUCCUCAGCGUACGUACCAACCCGCUGGUAUGAAUGGGCAUGCCCAGUCUGGAAUGAACAGCUCGAAGGGUAAAGAGAAAGAAGUACCCUUUCCUGUACCACCUGCAAACGCUCCCAUCAUGGAGCGCCUCCCUAUUGGGCCCAGCGAGCUCAUUGACGUCGCUGCUCGUUACCAGGAAGGCGUCUCGAGGCUGGUAGACAUGAGCGUCGCAUGUCGGUAUCUGUGUGCGCAGUGUCAGGUGAGGCAAGGGAAGUGGAACGAGGCCACUGAGAUACUGGGCGAGGCGAAUCCAUUCCGCGAGUCGGGGAGGAGUGGGCCCGACGUACCGAACAUGGACGGUGGGAUUAAAAUCGAAGCCUCUAUGUGCCACCUGCGCGGCACUCCUUUUGACGUGAAAUGUUUCGAAGCGUUCCAACAACUCAUAGAUGGACAGAUGAUGUCUCCAGAUGAAGAGUGGGAGUUUGUACAAGGCCUCGCUUACAAGGAUCAAACUCCAGAAGAUGCUGAUUUCAUGUGUCUUAUGUACACUUCUCGGUUACGCAAGCUGAAACACGCCGAGGAGCAUGCUCUGGCGAGGACACGGCUGGUCAACGACUAUGGCCUCGGUGACAACCCUGAUGUUCUGUACAGCUUUGCGGACGCAUUAUAUAUGCAGUUCAGGUUCGCUGACUGCUUCACUGUCACCUCGCGGAUAUUGGGCCUUGUCACAAUCCAUGCGCCUACUCUACCCUUGCACCUCGCUUGCAUGCAUCAUCUUUCCCAUCUAAACUCAAAGCUAUUCAUCCUUGCACACGAGCUAGUUGAGCGAGAGCCGGAAUCUCCAAUCAGCUGGUAUGCAGUCGGUGUCUGGUACUUGUCAUCGGGCAAGUGGUCCGAGGCCCGCACGUACUUCAGCAAGACAUCGCUCAUGGACCCACGUUUCGCGCCGGCGUGGAUUGCUUUCGCGCACACGUUUGCACACGAAGGCGAGCACGACCAUGCAAUCACCGCGUAUUCGACCUGCACCCGUCUGUUCACCGGAUCACACCUUCCACUCAUGUUCGUCGGGAUGGAACACAUCAGCCUCUCCAAUCUUCAGAUGGCUGACGAAUCGUUCACCGCUGCGAAUCUGAUCUGCGACGCCGACCCACUUCUCGCCAAUGAGCGCGGCGUGCUGGCAUUCCAUCGUGGAGAGUAAGUUUGUGUCCUACGUUCACAGACGUUCGCGUCUUACAUGGAUGUCUAGGUUCGAGUUUGCCGUGACACUUU